AUUAACCAUUAAAGCCACAUGUCCCAUGGAGCUGAAAAAUUUUCCGAUGGAUAGACAGUCGUGUCCCCUUAUAUUUGGUAGCUAAUUGUAAUAUUUCAGAUGGCUAUACGAACCAACAGCUAGUUUACGAAUGGAAAGAUCAAGAUGAUGCCGUGUCAUUUGUCCCCGGAAUGACUCUUAACCAAUUUGAUCUCAUUAGCAUGAUGCACCGCAAUUUCACGUCAACACGACGAGAGGGUGACUUUUCAGUUUUACAAGUAGCAUUCAACCUCAAACGUCAUACCGGAUACUUUCUAAUCCAAGUUUAUGUGCCCUGCAUUUUGAUCGUGGUAUUGUCUUGGGUAUCAUUUUGGAUACAUCGUGAGGCCACUAGCGACCGUGUCGGUCUCUGUGUAACAGCAGUUCUAACACUAUCAACCAUUAGUUUGGACUCACGGACUGACUUGCCAAAAGUCAAAUAUGCAACUGCCCUAGACUGGUUCCUUCUGAUGAGUUUUCUCUAUUGCAUAGCCACUUUGCUAGAAUUCGCGGGUGUUCAUUAUUUUACUAAACUUGGCAGUGGCGAAAUACCACGUCUGGAAGAGCACUUGGAAAAUAUCAGGAAAACUAACAUAGCACAUGGCAUUGAAGCCAACAAAAAAGUUAGUGACGAGGAUAUAGAAGAUAAUGGUAGCGAUGAGGCCAGUGAGCAAAUGAACUCACAGAAUGAUAUUUGCGUUUGUUCGGAAAAUGACACUCUUGAAUUCGAAUCUGCAGAAUCAUUACCAACAGCACUAGAUGACACUGCUUUUCGUAAACGGAAUGCCCUCACAUGUCCUAUCUUUACCGCCUCGUCGCGUGGAGCCACCAUGGAACGAACCACACAAACGGAACCCCCCGUCAUUUCGCGUAUGCGACAGAUAUGGCUCUGCCUCAAGAGUGACGACCAGUUCCGAAAACAGCGUGAGCGUGACGCAGCUGCAGAAAAGACUGAACAAGGUCACAACGUAAGCUAUGUAAACAGCGUUUCGUUAAUCGACCGCUUCGCGCGCAUUGCGUUUCCGAUGUCAUUUGUGCUUUUUAAUCUUUUAUACUGGUUGGCCUACGGAAUGUAUAAAAAAGAGUUUUCAUGGUCCACUAUAAAGACAUAGCUUUCUUCGACUGUAGUUGUUUUCUAUAAUUUUUUUGGCGUUAGGUUAAAUAAUGUAUCUUACUGCAAAUAGAUGGUGGGUGCCUUAUGAAAGUUGUAACAUGAAAUAAAGUGAAAUAAAUUUGUA